AUGGCAGCCAUGGCCGAUCUUACGGUCUACAACAUGCCAACCUCCCCUCCAAAUCUGGAUAGGGUAGGUGUCUUCUAUAUUUCAUUUUGUGUCAUCUGGACCACGCUUGUACUGGCCGGUAUGAUCUUCUGCUUGGUCAACCGACACAUCCCCAUACUCCGAAUCCGCGGUCUUCCGCUAUCGUUCUCUGCCAUUACCCUUCUUCACGUCUAUUGGAUCUUGGGCCAAAUAUCAUACCCAAUUGGCCCGACUCUGUCUACGGUUAUCGCCUAUGACAUCCAAUUCUUCGCAAUGGGCAUCUAUUACCCACUGGGAAUCGCCCUGUUUCAAGCUUCCAACAUCCGUUUUCUUCAUGUCGCCAAGAUGCAGAAGCAAUUCGUCCACCCUGAGCUUCGGCCCCAGAGAAAAUGCAAGGAUGCGAAAUCAUCAUGGCUGUGCCAUUUAAAAAACAUGGAUUAUAUGAAAAGAACAUUGUCUCUCAUAGGUAUUGGCAUGGUGUUACAGUUUAUCAUCACGGUGGCGAUGUGGCUUGCAUGCAAAAAGUAUCAUCCAACCUACGGUAUCUCGGGAACGGAGAUUCAUGGUGCGACAAUCGCAGAGCAGAUUGUGUAUCUAGGCCGGGGAUGGGAAUGGUGGCCGUCCUUAUUAUGGCAGGUAAUCUGGACAUGGAUUGUCGCUCCAAUACUCAUUUGGCAAGCCUGGGGGGUCCAUGAGACAUUGGGAUGGCGAACUCAAACUAUCGGAUGUUGCCUUUCCAGUCUUCAUGCUUCCCCUAUGUUCUUGAUUGCAUCAUACGUGCCAGCCUUUGCAAAGGUCAACACCUAUUUUAGUCCAAGUCAAUGGAUCCACAUUUCGAUCAUGAUGUGGGAGAUAUUCACUGUGUUCGUUCCCAUCUUCCACGUCUUCAGGCUAUGGACAUUGAGCAAGAAAGCCACCGCCUUGACAACCAAGUAUAACUCAGCAUCGAUAUCAAUGACAAUGCUAAACAAAUCGCCCUCACCCUCGGUGAAGUGGAACAAUGCAUCUUCUUCAACACUGGGUGAGAAAGACCAGCCGGUCGAGUCUUCUAACGUAUGCCUGGUCGACCGAAUAUACACAAUGGAUGCCCUCGAACAUGUCCUGAACCACAACCCACAGCAACUGCAAGAAUUUGCCGCAUUAAGUGAUUUCUCAGGAGAGAAUAUUGCAUUCCUGAGCCAAGUGGCCUCAUGGAAGUCAUGCUGGCCAGAGAGCCUGGAUGAAAACCAGCUUCUGGAUGCAUUCAAUCAGGCAUUACGAAUAUACGCCAACUUUAUCAGCACGCACGAUGCCGAGUUUCCGCUGAACAUAUCUUCACAAACUCUGAAACAGAUGCAGUCUGUUUUCGAGCAACCAGCACGCAGUAUACUCGGAGAAAAAAGUGUAAACACCACCUCGCCAUUCGAAACUGAUCCUUUUGCACACCCGCCAGGUUCUGAGGGUGUCCGGAUGUCGCAUGAUGAUAGAUACACGGGAGAUAUCCCCAUUGGUUUUGAUAUGGCUAUUUUCAACGAUCUGCAAGAGGAGAUCAAAUAUUUGGUUUUAACAAAUACAUGGCCUAAGUUUGUGGAGUCGAUGCGACGACGGUCGAGUGACACCGAGCGCAGCGGUUAUACUACACAGUCAGAGACAUCGCUGAAGAGCUGGAUCUCGAAUCAGCGUUUGAAGUUUCGAUCAUUCCUCUAA